GCUGCCUAUCGUCCAGCUAAUGCCACCGAUCAUCUGACUAAGGCUGCCUAUCGUCCAGCUAAUGCCACCGAUCGUCCAGUUAAUGCCACCGAUCGUCCAGUUAAUGCCACCGAUCGUCCAGUUAAUGCCACCGAUCAUCUGGUUAAGGCUGCCUAUCGUCCAGCUAAUGCCACCGAUCAUCUGACUAAGGCUGCCUAUCGUCCAGCUAAUGCCACCGAUCGUCCAGUUAAUGCCACCGAUCGUCCAGUUAAUGCCACCGAUCAUCUGGUUAAGGCUGCCUAUCGUCCAGCUAAUGCCACCGAUCGUCCAGCUAUUUCUAUGCAUCAUCUGGCUAAUGCCACAGAUCGUCCGGCUAAAGAUACAGAUCAUCUGCCUAAGGCUGCCUAUCAUUCGGUUAGUUCUAUGCAUGAUCUGAAUAAUUCUACGAAUCGUCCAGCUAAAGCUACCGAUCUUCCACUUAAUAGUACCGAUCGUCCAGUUAAUAUUACCGAUCAUCCAGUUAAUACUAACAAUCGUCAGGUUAGUUCUAUGCAUCAUCUGGCUAAUGCCACCGCUCGUCCAGUUAACUCCGUAUAUCGUCCGGUUAGUUCUAUGCAUGAUCUGGCUAAUGCCACCGAUCGUCCGGCUAGUUCUAUGCAUCAUCUGGAUAAGGCUGCCUAUCGUCCAGCUAAGGUUACCAAUCGUCUAUCUAAGGCCGCAUAUCGUUCAGUUAAUGCUACAGAUCGUCCGGAUAGUUCUAUACAUCAUUUUGCUAAAGUUACCGAUCGUCCGGUUAGUUCUAUGCAUCAUUUGGCUAAGGCCACCCAUCAUCCUAGCAAUUUUAUCGAUCCUUUACUAUAUGCUACCGAUCCUUUACUAUAUGCUACCGAUCCUUUACUAGAUACUACAGAUCCUUUACUAUAUACUACAGAUCCUUUACUAGAUACUACCGAUCUUUUACUAGAUACUGCAGACCCUUCAAUAAGUUCCAACGCUUUAUCGCCUAGAAAAGCAUCCAAAAUCCAUCAGCUACCGCACAACUUCAGGAUUUUAAAUAUAAUUACAGCAUUGCUAAACAAGUCCUUAUCUAAUUCUGAUGCUAAUCAAUUGAAAUAUCCAAACUCUCCUAGUAGAGCCAGAAAAUUGGGUUCACCUAAUGAUGUCUCAAUUCUUGAUAAGAAAUAUAAUAUUUCUAUAGAAUCUGGUAUACCACUUCACAAUCGUUCCUCCAAUAGGCAUAAGAGGAAAUCCCAUCGAAGGAAAAACCAAAGCAAAUGGCAAAAGCAACCGCAAAACAAAAGGCAAAGGGAAAGGGAAAAGGAAAGGGAAAGGGAAAAGGAAAGGGAAAUGCAAAUGCAACACAAAAGGCAAAGGCAACACAAAAGGCAAAGGCAAAUUCAAACCAAAAGGCAAGGAUAA